AAUGUAUGCAAGUGAUUACAAUUGAAGAAAGUCUGGAAUCCUACAAAUUAUACUUUAAUCAAAAUGUCCUCGCAUAAUUUAACAAAUAAAGAAACCUACUUACUCCAAAACACAACACAAGGUUUAAGUAUAAUCCUUGAGAAGCCAUCGACGUCAUCCAAUUUCCUGAUGUACAAUCGCCUUUGCUCAGAGUUGGAUCACAAUUGUUUGAUCCAACCUAUUAAUGAGGCUGAAUUCGACAGUGAAACACAGGUAUGCGUGGAUAAUAAACUAAAUGGCUUCACGUCAUUUUAUGAUCAUUAUACGACCAAACCUACCAAAAAGAAAGGUCUUGACAUCGAGUGUGAACACCACUUACCGAGCAAAAGUGAUCAGAUUCAGAUGGAUUUUCUCCAAGUUCCACCUCAAAAAAAUAUACCAAAUGCUACCAUUCCUCCGCAUUCGUUGAACGAUCCUGUAGUUCGUCGUUUGGCAACUGGGGCGAUGCCGCCUUUUUCUUGAAUUAAUGUAGUGUGAUACAAUUCUGAAAUAUGCUUCUGCAUAGAUCUGGUGAAGACAAUCAAGCAGUAAAUUUAGAUGUAGAGCGUCUUCCCGUUAUUUUGGUCGUUUCGAUCUGCUGCUUUCCGUAUCGUUGCGAAAGAGAAAACUUUGUUAAACCGUUUUGAAUAAAUAAUUUUCCUUUUGAACAUCAAAAUUUACGUUCUUUUUUUACAUUUUUAAUUUUUUACCAGUGAAUUGUAUAGCAAGAUCGAUGAAACACUCAUGUGGAUAUAAUGCGCCUUUGAAAGGAUGUUUCUUUUUCUAAACAAAUAAUAUUCACAAAAAGUUAGGCCCUUUUUUUUUGAAUAGCAUUGAUAUUUAGAAAAUUACACCUUAUCACUGCAUUGUAUUCAAAUUAAAAAAAAAGUAUUCCUUCCUUUUUCCUUCGUAGCUUCCCUGUGUAGUAUUUAAUAUUUUCAGUAGUUUAGUCGACAAUGAUGUUGGGGGGGUGAUAGUAGCCUCGUUCUGAUUUUUUAACCGAUAAAAUUGCCGCAAAAGUUUUCUGUGCCACUGAGACUACAAAAAAUGACGCUGAAAGGAUAACCUUAGCAUAAGAUAAAGUGUCCGGUGACCUUUAAAAAGCAAAUUGUCGCAUUUUAAAAAGUACAUAUGACUGUGCACCCAUGUUUCAGAGCUUAACUGGUGCACACUUUCUAUCUUAACGAUUUAGCUUUGCACAUGUGUUUAUCGGAAAUUGAAAUUCAUGGUUAACAAUCAAAAGCCUUGUAAAAA